GUCAGUGGAGCAAGGGAUGUUGGAAGGAGAGCAACGCAUGACAGUGACCGAAGAAGCGACGUAUAGCGGGUUCAAAGGUAUCCCGUAUGCCGCCCCACCUUUGGGCGACCUGAGAUUUCAGCCUCCCCAGCCUGCACCUCGAUGGAAAGGCAUAAGAAAUGCAACGCAGCAUGGAAACAUAUGCACACAAAUAGAUAAUCUCAAUCAGGAGAUUUUAUUCUCUAGCGAAGACUGUCUCUAUUUGAAUGUUUACACUCCAAAUGUGAAGCCAGAAUCUCCAAUGGCUGUCAUGGUUUAUAUACAUGGCGGAGGUUUCCAGACUGGUUCGGGAAACGAUGACAAAUUCGGACCAGAUUUAUUGAUUCCCCAAAACGUUGUUCUUGUGACAAUGAAUUAUCGAUUAGACGCUAUAGGAUUCUUGAGCUUGGGGUCUAAAGAGGUACCUGGCAAUGCUGGUAUGAAAGAUCAAGUAGCUGCUUUGAAAUGGGUACAACGUAAUAUUGCGAAUUUCGGUGGCAAUCCGAAGAAGGUGACCAUCUUUGGUAACACCGCUGGAGGGAUAUGUUGUCUUCUACACUGCAUAUCCAGGAUGUCGAAAGGCCUUUUCCACAGAGCCAUUGCAAUGAGUGGAGUACCUCUUCUGGACAUCGGUGUAGAGUUUGAAUCAGCACGAAGGGGUCUUACGCUGGGGAAAAUUAUGGGAUUUGAAACCGAGAAUACCACUGCGCUUUUUAAAUUCCUACAGAACGUUCCAGCUUCUAAAUUAUUGAACACUAGACCACAUGUUAUAAUCGCGGAAGAAUAUAUAAAUAAUCUCGUGAAAAUGUAUCAGUUCGGGCCAGUUGCAGAAAAGGACUUCGGUCAGGAGAGAUUCUUAACUGAAGCACCUAUCACCUCACUUUUAAAAGGCAACGUUAAUGAUGUUGAUAUAAUGAUAGGCUACUCGAAUAAUGAAGGCCUUAGCGCCAUCUCUUAUUUUGAGGAAUAUUUACUUGAUGUAUACAACCGGUAUCCAGAAUUACUGAAUCCUAGAAGAUUUCUGUACUACGUGAGUGCAAAUGUUUACUUACCAGUGUCUGAUGCUAUUAAGGAUUUUUAUUUUGGAAAUAAACCUAUUAACUUAAACACUAUGAAGGAAUUUGUCAAGUUACAAAGCGAUACAUAUAAAUAUCAAUCAUUGAGGUACAUGAGAGAUAUAUCCUUAGCAUAUGCUAGGAAGAAAUUCCUGUACCGAUUUUCCGGCGUAUCAGAAAGGAAUGUUUACAGUAGAGACAAACUUAAUUACGGAUUAACUGGAGUUGGCCAAAGGGACAUCGAAAUGUAUUUAUUCUACGCAAAUAUGUACAAUUUGCCUAUCAUUAAGAACAGUGAAUCCUUUAGAAUAAUUCAACAGAUAACCACUCUGUUUGCCAACUACGCAAAAUACAGCGACCCAACGCCAGACUGUUCUUUGUGUGUUAUUUGGGACCAAUACAACGCUACCACACAAAGCUACCUAGACAUCGGAUUCAAUCUUACAACAGGGAUUCAACCGGAUGCUAGCACGGUGCAAUUUUGGAAGAACAUCUAUAAGCAAGCUGACGUUCCAUUUUAUCAUGUUGGAGUCAUAUCACCGUUAUAA